CGUCGGGGUGAUGUUCAGAACCACUUCAGACUGCGCGGACCUUUACCAUAUGUACUCCAUCCUCCCUUUUCCAGAUUGCGAACUCGCAAUCCCGCUACCAUCAAGUCGGACUAUGAAGUAGCUUCCUUACACCUUUAAAUCUCUACCACGUGUCAUGGGGCGCUUCCCGACACCCAGCGCUUCAGGCCAUUCACAAUCUACCAGGCGCUAUAUUGCACAGAGAGAGAUCACAACAGCUGCGCUACCCGGGACAAACGCCGCAACCAAGGGCGCAGACGGACCACAUACAACACUCCAUGACCCGCGUCGAAUACAGCAUGCGUGCGAGCCUUGCAGGCUGAAAAAGACGAAAUGCAACGGAGAAAAGCCCGUAUGUAGGCGUUGUCGUGGAUUGGGAUUUGUGUGCGUCUACGCAGACAAAAAGCGGGACAAAGCAAAGAAGAUCGGCAAGAAGCUAGCUGAUUGCGAGGCUUUGCCCAAAGUUUUGGCGAACAGAGUUCUCGAGCCCGAGGCGAAGUUCAUAAAGGCAUAUUUAGGAGAAGUAUGGAAUUCCUAACCGUGUAACCAUGUGGUGUUAAAUGCAUUAGGAAACCGCGAGAGACUCGGAUAUACAAGACACCGACGUUGAAGCUGCUCCCCGGACUGGGACUAAUGAACACCGGGGGACUUCUGCAACCAAUUCUGAAGAUUCAACCUCUGACCGGAGAGACCCCGUACGGUACAAAAGAGGAUUUUACGCGUGAAGGGGCGACAGUAACUGGCUUUAUGGGGCCGACUUCCGAGGUGACUUGGAUGCAGACUGUACUGAAUGAUAACAAUCUCGACGGCUUGCGGCCAACCUCGACGCGUCCUCCUAGCGACGCCAAAAAGCACAAUACUGGCUCCCCUCUAUCAAGUUCCGGACAACCUCAUGGAAAUGCCACAUCCCGUGUGGCGGAGGCAGAUCACUACUUCACGAUAAACAGCAUGAGUUACCAUUUGGACGAUACUCCCCUGUCCACCUUAGAACGUGUUGAACCAUACGAAAUGCCACAGGCCGAGACUGCCCAGUUUCUGUUUUAUACUUAUCUCCAACACGCGCAGUCAACGUUCCCCAUCAUUGGAAAAUCAACCUUUACAUCACAAUUUCACCGAUUCUUGUCGAAUCCCUUUCAAAGACCUCCUCACCUGUGGCUCGCAAUUAUCAAUACUAUUUUUGCCAUUGCCGCCAGGUAUGCCACCCUUGUUCGGGCCGACGGUAACAGAAAUAUCGAAGACCAUCUUGUGUACUUCAACUGGGCCAGAUAUCUCGCUAUCAAUAGCGAGACAUUGUUCGACUUCCCAGACCUGCAGCUUAUCCAGGUAUUCGGAUUGAUGUCUUUCUAUUUUCUCUGCACCAGCCAAAUCAACAGAGCUUGGGUAUUGAUAGGGAUUGCUAUGUCACAUGCAACGGCCCUUGGCCUGAACUUACGGAACGACAGUACCCAAUUAAAAGACCAAUUGAAGGAAAUCCGCUACCGAGUUUGGUGGAGCCUCUAUGUUCUCCAGCAUCGACUCUGCAUAAUUACCGGACGCGUCCCUUGUGUCUUCGACCAACAAUGCUCAACGCCGCUCCCAGCUCCCCUGGAAGAGAACGAAUUUGAUACAGACAGAGGUUUGGAGCUCCUUGGCAAGGAAUACCAACAUGGUCCUCGAGCACCCUCUUCAAAUAUCUAUGUCCGGAACCGUUCGACAUCCACAUGUUCUACCGAUGGAGAUCGCUCUUUUCCGCCGCACCAACGAUCCCAAUCAUCUAGAACCAUAUCGAUGCCACAAGUUGGAUUAUACUGGGCAAAAGAUGUUAUAGCUAACCCAUCCCUUUAUUUUCUCCAUCUCACGCAGUUAGCAAGACUCAGCCAAAGUAUCCUUUCUCAGAUUCACAGCAUUGCUACUGGCAUCCAUCUGCAGUCCCGACUCGAAGAUAUUGAAAUUCAACUCGAAGAUUGGGUUCGCAAUCUUCCGCCCGUUUUCGACUUCCGGUGCAACAAUAAGGAACAGAGUUCCCGUGCUCUCAGACUUAGUCUAGUGUUCUUCUACUAUGGAACACAGCUAAUAACCUAUCGAUCCUUUUUGGACCGAUUGCCAGAUCUAAACCUUACCCGUCAGUCCAAAGGUUCAGAUACUUUCGACUGCUCAGCUGCCACACGUUCCGUUGAAGCCGCGAAGGCUAUAAUCCACCUCGUCCCUGACGAGUCCAAUGCUGAAGAUAUUAUGCAGUGUGGGCCUUGGUGGUCUGUUUUACCCUGGCUCGUGCAAUCAACUUCGGUCCUCAUUCAUUGGCUAUCUUUCCCUGUGUAUCGUGCAGCUGAAGGUUUCCGCGAUACCUUUGAGACUUUGAAGAAAGCAAUAAGGCUGCUCCACGCACUCGGCGAACGUAACCUCUCUGCCAGCCGAGCUUGGAGCCGAUGCAACUUUACCUUGCGUGCAGUAGCAGCCAAGGCUGAUGUGGACGUUAAUGCUUCCAGAGCAGACUAUCUUUUAUGGUGCUCCUUCAGCACGCGGCACAUUAAAUAUAAGAGGAGUAUCUUCACAUGAAGCCACAACACUUUUUCAGCACUACCCCUCCGCCCGUACGGUCCUUACGGCGACCCAGACACUUUCACCUCCUCAAAGCCGCGCCGGUUUAAAAGGCCUUAUGCUUUUUGACCCCCGACUCGGAUGGAGUGAGCAUGUCGAACUGAACCGUCCAGACGGGGAGUUCUAUCACAAUGCGGCCUAUUGAGACUAGAGACGCGAACGUAGUGAGAUGGUCUUCGUCGUAUAUUGUCGACGCAAAGCUUCUGUAUAUUUCGUCGAAGGUUGGUACGAACCAGGCCAAUCGAAGGUCGCAAGGUUCGGCAUCUGAAGACGGAUGUCAAUUCAAUAACAGUUAUCCUGACACCGUGGCAGUAUGAAUGGCGACGAAAUCGCUUCCAAAACUGACGAAAUAUCCGAUCCUCCCCGCGCCGCAGCAAUGGUUGGCCGCCACAUAAAGUCGAUACUACUACAUUCCUUGAUGUCCAGCUGCGUCCACGUGACGGGUCAAUAGAGUCCCGAAAUCCGAGGAAUAAGGUGUCUAGUUAUAUUGCUUGGUGCGAGAAUCAGGUUCUGGAGGCAGUUGCUUGGCCUAAUUACGGCUGGACAUAGGCAUUGAUCCGAGAUGGCUUGGCUGCAAGCAGGAGAAGGAGGUCGCAAAGUCACUCUUUGGUAUCAAGGGCGCACUACCUAGGUUCCGUCAACGGAUAAAACCUCAUUUUCCAGCUAAUCUAGACCUAGUGCCGCAAUCGAGAAUCUCAGCCAUACCUGGUCGGGCGGUCUCGUAUCUAAUAAGCCUAGCACUCCCGAUUCCCUCCAGGCGAAAGACCCUGUUUCCUCUCUGAAGCUUCCUUCCACAGCCAAUUAGAAGUAACUACCUCACCUGCCUCUCGAGCGAUAGCGUUGCUUCGGGAGAGUGAUCGGACCGAUGAGUGUGAGGCAUGAGAUUGUCCUCUUAUCGGCCCACCGUUAGCCACAUCAUUUACGAACCACAGGUAUCCAGGGCUGCAAAGAAGACUAAUGGAACCUCGAAGCCGCUUAACGAAAAAGCGUAUGUUAAGGUGUCUCGAAGCAGCGACAAUACUGGACUCUAGCGGUAGGAGAAGUAGAACAAGUCACAUCCUCCCAUCUUCGUCAAAACGUAUCCUCCCCUGCUCGAAAGCAACGAUUAUACUACCUCCGAAUUGAAACAGCCCUAAUUCCUCGCCUUUUUCCACCUGUGAACCCUCAGUCCUACACUUUUGGUUAAUUUCCCUGGUUCCCACGUCUGUGGCGCCGCUUGCCACAAAGAGCACACG